ACAGUCAUUUGUUGACAUUUGGACUGGCGGCAUUUAAAAAAUAGAGUGGAAGCAUUUUUCAAAGGAACAAAAGAAUUUCAUCAACCUUUAGAGUUAAGUUUGGAAGUAUAAAAUUUUAAGACGCUACAAAAUGUCGGAUUCGGAUGAGAUUAUAACUAGCGAUGAAGAAUCAAGCAAUGAAGAAGAGAUUGCGACCAGCGAUGCUGCUGAAAGUGGAGAUGACGACAGUGAAGUAGAUGAUAGCAGAAAUCAACCGCCCAGCAGAGAAUUAACUGUCGAAGAUUCUGAUGUCUCGUCAGAUGGUAAUGAAAGCAUGAUUGUGGCAAACAGAAAUAAAGGUAAAAAGAAAAAAAGAAAAGCUGUAAUCGAAUCCGAUUCUGAACUUGAAGAGGAGGAAGAAGAGCUGGAGGAACGUGCAUUUUCUCCCAGAACCCGAAUGAGCAUUACCGGAAUUAGACCCGCCGAUUUGACAGACGACAGCAGUGAAAUCGAAUAUUCCGAUGAUGAAAGUGCAAAGAAAAAGUCCAACUUAAGUAAUAUAUCAGAGGUCUACAAUGACGAUGAAGGAGGCGAUGGUGGAUCUGGCAUUGAAACAGAAGAUGAAGAGGAGGAUAAUGAAAAGACAAACUCCUUCAUUGAAAAGUCAGCGGAAGAAAAGUCUGAUAUACAUAGUUCCACAAUGAACCAAACUGAUGGUAAUGCCAGCAGAUCAGAAAUGGCGAGCAAUUCAGAAAUAGAAGAAUCCUCCAGUGGGAAAAAUUCAAGCACACUAUCGCCGAAAGUUGUUGGUAACACAUUGGGGGGUAAUGUCAAUUCUCCUCAACCACCACGUUAUAGUAUACACUUUGCCAAGGAAAUUCAAGAUAAACUGUCGUCGACUUUAUAUCAACCAAGGGAAGUAGAACCAGAAAUCGAUUCUUCAGCCGACAGCGAUAUACAGAUCAUUGAAAAGGUCGAGAAGCCCAUUGAAUUGUCCUCAGAUGAUGCUGGCAGCGAAGAAGAUAAGGAAAAUAAAACGCACAUUAAUACAACACAAAAAAAUUUGGUCCAACCAAAAAUUUUGUCUGCCCUUAACAAUGUAGCUCCUGCCAUGAAAACACCUAUGAAUAAGGGCAACUUGAGGCACGUCUCUCAGGAAUACUACGACAAAGAAAUUAGAAAAUUCGAGGAAAUGAAAUCGGAACUAAUUAAUGCGGAAAAACUUUUGGAAAAAAUAUCGAAAUCAUUGCCCGAUGGUGGCAGGCAGUUAUCGCUGCGAAUAGAACGGUUGCGUAAUGAUGUGAGCAUUAAAUCAAAAUAUAUUGCCUCUUUGUAUAUUGAAGAUGCUCCCGGGGCAAGCGGACCUGUAUAUCCACCUGAUGAUAAGGAUUCGCCAUCACAGAAAUUGCAAGAUAUUCAAAAGCAACGCAAGGCUUUCUUCAAUAACAAUGCAGCACCAAAUUGGGAUGAUCUUUCGGCAGCUGUAAAUCAAAUACAGCCAACUCAUACCGGCAAACAGGGCAUGGCCACAUUUAAUAAUCAAAAAGUUCUGACAAUGGAACGUCUUAAGGAUCUCCAUGGUUCGUUGGAAAGCUGUCCAGCGGAAAAUGUCUUGGCUGAUGAUCCCAAGGGUCUUAAAGUCACUCUAAUGGAUCAUCAGAAGCAUGCUUUGGCUUGGAUGUUCUGGCGUGAGAAACAAAAACCUCGAGGCGGUAUAUUGGCCGAUGAUAUGGGUUUGGGUAAAACGUUAACUAUGAUUUCAUUGGUACUGGCUAGUAAAAACCGGGAAGAGGAGGAGGAAGAUGAGGAUAAAGAGGAAGAAAGUGAAUCGGAAGAUGACGGCGAGCCGAAGACGGGUUGGUCGUCGAAAGGAAGAAGGGAUUACUAUCCUGGCGGUACUUUAGUCGUAUGUCCUGCCAGUUUAAUGCGCCAAUGGGAAGAUGAGGCUCAAACUAAAGUAUCAAGACAUCGCUUAACCGUUUGCGUACAUCAUGGUAAUAAUCGUGAUUCAAAACCCAAACAUCUGCGUACAUAUGAUAUUGUAGUUACAACCUAUAAUAUCGUGGCACGUGAACAUAAAACCUCUGGAGCUUUGUAUGGUAUUAAAUGGAAACGUAUAAUACUGGAUGAGGCUCACGUUGUUCGUAAUCACAAAGCCCAAUCUUCGAUGGCAGUAUGUGAGCUAAAAGGUAAAAAUAGAUGGGCUUUGACCGGUACACCCAUUCAAAACAAAGAAAUGGAUGUAUAUGCCUUAUUGAAAUUUCUACGUUGUUCGCCAUUCGAUGAUUUUGCCCAUUGGAAGAAAUGGAUUGACAAAAGUGCUGGUGGACAACAACGUCUGAACACCAUCAUGAAAUCCCUGAUGUUGAGACGUACCAAAGCCCAGCUUCAAGAUCGUGGUGAACUGCAAUGUCUGCCUAAAAAGGAAAUUGAAUUGAUUGAAGUGGAAUUGGAUAAAGAUGAAAUGAAUGUUUACCAGAAGAUUAUGAUUUUCUCGCGGACACUAUUUGCCCAGUUCCUGUUUCAAAGGGCGGAAAGAAAUACCGAUUUACACUAUCGCGAUCAGAGUUCUAAGCCCACGUUUAUGCAAUCGAAGGAUCCCAAUGAUGCUUACUAUAAAAUGCACAAGAAAUUCACAAAACUUCAUCAGGGUACCAAGGAAAUUAAAUCUCAUGAAAUUUUGGUGCUACUACUGAGGUUAAGGCAAAUCUGUUGUCACCCUGGUUUAAUUGAUUCGAUGUUGGAAGAUGAUGAUGCUCAUCACAUAACCACCGACAGUGAUGCUUCACAUCCUGAAAUAGAUUUAUUGGAACAGCUAAAUAAGUUAGCCAUUACGGAUAAAAAUGACAGCGCCACAAUGAUGAUGAGCAAUAGUAUGAAUGAACCUGAUACAUCACUGAGACCUGAAGAACAAGUUAUGGCCAAAGCCUCUGCCCGGGUGUUGCAACGAAACAAUCCCGUAUUCAAUAUGGAUAGGCCAUCAUCGAAAAUGGUCAAGGUUAUGGAAGUAUUAAAGGAACGUGUAUUGGCAGCUGGUGAUAAGGCCAUUGUGGUGUCACAAUGGACAAGCGUUUUGAAUAUACUGAAGACACACAUUGAAAGGGAAAAUGUUGCAACCCUUUCACUGAAUGGUUCGAUUGCGGUGAAAAAUCGCCAGGAAAUUGUUUCGGAAUUUAAUAAUGCCAAGAGUAGCAAACGUAUUCUAUUAUUGUCAUUGACGGCCGGUGGAGUGGGUUUAAAUUUAGUUGGAGCAAAUCAUUUGUUGCUCAUCGAUUUACAUUGGAAUCCUCAGUUGGAGGCUCAGGCCCAAGAUCGUGUAUAUCGUGUUGGCCAAAAGAAAGAUGUUAUUAUCUAUAAGUUCAUGUGCAAAGAUACUGUGGAGGAGCGUAUUAAGGCGUUGCAGGAUCACAAAAUGGCAUUGGCCAAUGGUGUGUUGACCGGUGCAGGCGCCACUGAGGGAAGCAAACUUACUAUGGAUGAUCUUAAGGGUCUUUUUGGCAUUUAAUUAGGAUUCAUCGUGUGUGUCUUUGUGUUAAGUAUUUUUUUGUAUUGAAAUCUCGUUUUUUUCCUUUUUGCAUUCCACGCAUAAGUGUAUUACUUCUCGAAUCGUGUGAGUUGAAUGUUUUUAUACUGUAUUAUCUCUUUGGUAAAAAGAAACGAAAUUGUUCCGGAUUAUUUUGUUUUUUUUUAUUAAAUGUAUUUAAAUAAACCAA